AAAAAUGGUGCGAUUUGACAUAUUUUUUGUUUUCUGCUUGUUAGUGAAAACCGAAUCAAAAUCUAAUUUUAGAUUCAACCAGAAUCAAAGAUCAGGAGAUUGUGGGUGGGAUAGCUGUAAUCCAACACUCCCUGGCAAAGUUAACGUGCACUUGGUUCCUCAUAGUCAUGAUGAUACAGGAUGGUUGAAAACUGUAGACCAAUACUACUAUGGAGCACAUCAGGAGGUACAAAGAGCUGGAGUUCAGUAUAUUAUUGAAAGCGUAAUCAAAGAGUUGGCCCGAGAUGAAACUAAAAAGUUUAUUCAGGUCGAGACUGGAUUUUUGUGGAGAUGGUGGGAAUCUAAGGAUGAUUUUAUGAGAAACCUUACCCUCAGCCUCAUCAACUCAGGACAACUACAGUUUGCAGGUGGUGGUUGGAGUAUGAAUGAUGAAGCAACAACUCACUUCCUUUCAAUAAUAAACAAUAUGGAAUUUGGAAUUAAUUGGCUCAAAGACAAUCUAGGAGAGUGUAGUGUUCCUGAUGUAGCCUGGCAGAUCGACCCCUUUGGUCAUUCAAAGGAGCAGGCCAGACUUUUUGCUGAAAUGGGAUUCAAAGGACUGUUCUUUGCUAGGAUAGAUUACAGGGAUAAAGCUGAGAGGAAAAGUUUGAAAGAGUUACAGAUGAUCUGGGAGGGAGGAGAACCAGGAGAUUUAGAACAGUCGAUAUUUACUGGUGUAUUCGAUGACCACUACAGUGCACCCACAGGUUUUUGCUGGGAUAUUAUUUGUACAGACGAGCCCAUCAACGAUGAUCCCAGUUUACAGGAAUAUAAUGUAGAUACAAAAAUAAGUGAAUUUGUGAAAACUGUUGAGGAAAAGGUCAAGUACUAUAAGGAUGAACAGCACAUCAUGUUUACUAUGGGGGAUGAUUUCACUUACCAAAAUGCUCGACAAUACUAUAAAAAUAUUGAUAAGUUGAUAAAGAAUAUGAACAGCAGGACUGAUGAAACAGGAAUACAUGUUCUCUAUUCUACCCCAUCCUGUUAUAUUAAAUCUCUCAGCGAAGGAAAAGUGGAAUAUCCAACAAAAUCAGAUGAUUUCUUUCCCUAUGCGUCCUCUGCAGAUUCAUAUUGGACAGGUUUUUAUAGUUCCCGGCCCAGUAUUAAACUGCUGGAGAGGAGAGGGAUGAGAGAUUUAACAGUGUCCCAACAAUUGGAAGUUGCUUCUAGAGGGAGUGGGUCAUCGAUUCUUUUUAACAUGCGAAGGUAUUUACUACAUAUUAAAGAGAAUGUUUACUAA